AUGAAUGCUGAUGUAAAUGAUCGACAGAAAAUCAAUGGUGAGCAGUUCAGAGGUCAGCAGCAUCAAUUCAUUGGAUACCAGGGGUCAUCAUCAUCAUCAUCAUUUUCAUCAUCUGUUGUGCUAACGAAAAGUACAGUUUGUACAGAGGGAGGCGGGAUUAAUAUAAGACCACGUCCACAAAUACCUCCUAAGCCACAGAUGGAUGCGGUAAGAUAUAGUAUGGCGAAUGUACAAGAAAGUUGCGAUUGGGAACUUGAUACAUUGCUGAAUGAAUUAUCGGCAUUGGAAUGUCAAUUAAAUUCAUCGACUGGUGUCGAUCAGCUGAUUCUAGGCCUACCGAUUUUACCUGUUCCGAAAGAGAACAGUACCACGCAUAACAGUUGCAAUAGUAGUAAUAAUAAAGAUAAUUCUGUCAAUCAGCUACAUGAUUCCAGUAAAAGAUUUAUGAGCAAAGAGAACACUAUGCGACCAAUUGUCACCUCUAUAUCGGAUUGUCCUAGUCCCGAUCAUGACUCGGCUUUUGGCGAUUCGUCGAGCACCGAGUCGCGAAAUCGCCGUUGCCGUAAUUCAGCUAUAUCGAGUUCCGAUAGCUGCCGAGGCUCCUUGAAUACGCCGAGUCCAACUCAACAGGUUUUCAUCUUCCAUUAUCUCUCAGUUAAUUGCUUUUUAAAAUGA